AUGCUCGCACGAGCGGCCAGAAAUGUGCUCUUUACGCCUGUCAAACCAUUAUACUUCCUUCCUGGGUGCCUUCACGCGACACGGCGGGCCAGGGUCACGCUCAAUAAACGAACGAUUACUACGUCUGCGAUCCGGCCGGCUUCCGUCGAUGACACGAAUCUCAUAGCCUUCUUCGACCAGCCCUACGCGCCGCAGAAGGUUACUUCGUCGACCGGGCUCUUUGGACAUCACAUGCUCACCACGCCAUCCGCCUUCGUUGCCCUAGCUGACUCUACGCUUCGCCGCGCGCAACUGCUCACGGACCGAAUUCUGAGGGCACGGGAGUCACGGGACGAGAUGUUCAGGGUCGUAAAGAACUUGGAUAGGCUGAGCGACAUGCUAUGCGGCGUUAUAGACCUUGCAGAGCUGUUGAGAAACGCCCAUCCAGAUCAGGCAUGGAUCCAGAGUGCCGAGGAGGUGUAUGAGAAGCUUUGCGAGUUCAUGAAUGUGCUCAAUACCAAUGUCGGCCUGUACGAAGUGUUGCGCGAUAUAUUGUCUGACAGGGAUAUCAUCCAGUCUCUCAGUCCCGAGGCUUACCAGACUGCACUCAUCUUCUGGCGCGACUUCGAGAAAUCGGGCAUUGACCUUCCUCCGGAGCAACGUAAUCGCUUCGUGUCGCUAUCCACUGAGAUAUUGGUACUUGGUCGACAGUUCCUGAACGAGACUGCGGCACCACGGCCUCCCGCACAGAUCCAAUGGUCAGAAUUGCAAGGCAUCAAAGAUCUAGGCAUGGGCGCAAGGCUGCGUCUCCAAGCUCAGGUCACCAAACGGGACCUCCUUGUGUACCCUGGCUCUCUUCAGGCUCAGAUGAUUAUGCGUUCGGCCCCCGCAGAGGAACCACGGAGAAAGUUAUACAUGGCAGCGAACUAUAGUACACCUGGACAGAUCCAAGUUCUCGAGCGGCUCUUGCGUGCACGCGGAGAGCUCGCGCGGUUGGUAGGGAAGGAGAGUUAUGCGCAUAUGGCGCUUGUGGACAAGAUGGCGAAAAGCCCAGAGAACGUCGAGCAUUUUCUCAAUGCUCUGAUGGAUCACACAACACCGCAUGCCAGACAAGCCCUCCGCACGCUCAGUUUGCGUAAACAGGCGCACCUUGACACCCCACCUUUCCCCAUCAUCCAAGCAUGGGAUCGCGACUACUAUUGUCCCCCUGAACCUCCCGCACCUCCGAUCUCAUUGCCCGCACUCACCCUCGGAACUGUUUUCAUGGCGCUUUCGCGAUUGUUUCAAGCUUUGUACGGCGUUUCUCUACGGCUGUCAGAGGCGUCUACCGGAGAGGUCUGGCAUACCGACGUCAGAAAACUGGAGGUGGUAGAUGAACGACGAGGUCUGCUCGGUUGGAUUUAUGCGGACCUCUUCGCGCGCGCAGGGAAACCGGGUGGCGCUGCCCACUACACUGUACGCUGCUCGCGACGCACAGAUGAUGACGACGGACCUGAAGAUUUGAAGUUUGCCCAUGACAACGACCAUGCCCUCCUUCGGUUCUCACAAGACUUUGAGGCGGGGGGACACGUUUGGCUUCCCGACCAGCAAAUGACAUACCAGCUGCCUGUCGUUGUGCUCCUCUGCGAGUUCAUGCGCCCAACGAUUGGCGGCAGCCCUACCGUCCUCGAAUGGCACGAAGUACUCACUCUUUUCCAUGAGAUGGGACACGCUAUGCAUUCCAUGAUCGGGCGAACAGAAUAUCAAAACGUAUCCGGAACACGUUGCGCUACUGAUUUCGUCGAGCUUCCCUCUAUCCUCAUGGAACAUUUCCUGAGCUCGCCGACUGUCCUUUCGCUCUUCGACCAUAGCAGCACCUCUAUCCCCCAUCAUACCCCGGGACAUCAUGAAGAUCCAUGCCGUUCCAUCGACACUCACACACAAAUCCUCCUUGCGAUGCUUGACCAACGAUACCAUUCCGCCUCCGUUCUCGCGGACACGUUCGACUCGACUGCGACCUUGUCAAGGCUAUCUGAUGCACGCGGUCUCAUACCCUACGUUCCAGGCACUUCGUGGCAGACGCAAUUCGGACAUCUCUUUGGAUACGGUGCAACGUACUACUCCUAUCUCUUCGAUAGAGCUAUAGCAUCAAGAGUCUGGAGGAAAGUCUUUAGCAGGGACCCACUCAAUAGGGACGUGGGCGAGCGUUAUAAAUCAGAGGUGUUACGUUACGGCGGAGGUAGAGACCCAUGGGAAAUGGUUGGGGUACUUUUGCAGUCGCCUGAAUUGCGCUCCGGGGAUGCAGGAGCCAUGGCGGAAGUUGGGAAGUGGAGAAUCGAAGAUGAAGUAUCUGUACCAGGCAGGCACUGACAAUUCAUCCGAUGCGCGGCAUAACAUUGGUCC